AUGGAGAAUGGGACUAUAGAGGACGGAGACAUCACAGCCUCGUCUUACUAUCGCUACUGGCCACCUUGGGCUGCACGGCUGGACGGAGACAAUGCCUGCUGGCGUCCUUCAGAAUCCAAUGGAUCGUGGAUACAGGUGGAUUUAAAAGACAAUAAGACAGUCAGCGGUGUGAUCACCCAAGGUUACGACGGCUUCUUUGACUUCAAUGACUAUUGGAUAACGGGAUACGAAGUGUAUUAUCUGAGCACCAGUGGGAGUUUGGAAGCCGUCAAGGACCGGUACCUGUCAGGAAACACUUUUUCUGGAAACACAGAUCUCAAUGGGCACAAGACCAACAUGUUUGAAGAGCCCAUUGUUACACAAGUGAUCAGACUGUACCCGACAAGUUGGCAGAGAGGGCCCGGUCUUCGGAUGGAGCUCUUGGGUUGUGACUUUAUCGCAUCUACUGCUCAGUCAACAACUGCCAUUAGGACGACACCUAACGUAGCUGCAUCAGUAACAGAUUUCGAGGCGCAAAAUGAUCCGAGGGGCUCACUUAGCGUGGAUACUGUGGACUGUUCUACUGACUUCAGACGCUUCAACGACGCCACCUUCACCGUCACUUGUCCUGCUGGCUGUACUUCGGCAUUCAAACUAGUCUGGGGGACUGGAGCCUACACAGGUAUUCGUUCCCGAAUCUCUCCACUGAAAUACAAGUACCGUGUCCUGCAGCUCACUAAAGGGUUUGGACAUUUUAGUCUGGACUCGGGUAUCUGCCGUGCUGCUAUCCAUGACGGGAGAAUCACGGAUGGCGGGGGACAGGUGACUGUGUACAGGUGGCCUGGACAGGACUCGUACCAGGGUUCCACACAGAACGGCAUUCGCACGAUUAGUUCCGGAAGAUGGCCUGUUUCCUUCGCUUUCACUAGAGUAUGCCGUGACGCACUUGGAAUGGAGAAUGGAACUAUAGAGGACGAUGACAUCACAGCCUCGUCUCACCAAAAUUCACGGCCACCUUGGGCUGCACGACUAAACGGAAACGGGGCCUGGUUUCCAUUAUUUUCUCGUUCAUCGUGGAUACAGGUGGAUUUAAAACAACGGAAGACAGUCAGCGGUGUGAUCACUCAAGGUUUCGCCGGGAGCCCUCAAUCUUGGGUAACACAAUACCAGGUGUGGUAUGUAAACAACGAUGGGAAGUGGGCAGUCGUCAGGUCACGGCGAGGAUCUAUAAUGAGUUUUUCUGGAAAUACAGAUCCAAAUGGUCAAAAGACCAACACCUUUGACAGGCCCAUUGUUGCACAGAAAAUCCAAGUGUACCCGACGCGUUGGCGGACACAGAUAGGUCUCCGGGUGGAGCUGUUAGGCUGUGACUUAAUCGACAUCUACCACUCUGUCAACAACUGUCAUAAGGACGACUUCUGCUUCACGACGUACAGCACCAAAUACAUCCUCUCAAACCGUGGGGUCCUUCUCAUCUGUAACAUCAUCAACAAUAGGUGA